ACUGCUGUCCUGGCCAGAGGUGCCACUAAGCCAGAAGAAAGACCCAGGGGAGUGUACACUGCUGCUUGACCCAUGGCUCAAGAUGGACUGCCAAAAAUGUAUUCACAUCCUCCAACAGAAAGCAGUAAGAUACCAGCUGAGGCAACCGUUUUCUUUGGGGCUGACAACACUAUUCCUAGAUCAGAAACAACUAUCACAUCAGAAGGAGAUCACGUUACUUCAGCAAAUGAUUGUAUGCUAGAAAGUGAUUUUUCACCAACUACAGGCAAUAAGACUGCAUCUACAAAGGAAAAACAAAAAUCAGAAGAUGAAGUUGAGACCCACAUUAAGUCAACAGCUCCUCUGGAGAGAGAAAUGACCACUCCCACUGGCGCUACAAACUCCACAGCUAAGGAGUAUAAUGCUGAAAGUUUCAUUCCAGUGAACAUUGGCAAGAUUUCAUCCCCAGUUGCUACUGUUUCGUUAAUAGAUUUCUCCACUAUAGCAAAAGAAGAUAUCCUGUUGGCUACCGCUGAUGGUGGGGCCAAAGACCCCACAAAGCCAGCUGAAGGCUCCGGCACCCUGGCAGAGAGCACUGGCAGCCCUGUUUCUGCAGCUGAGAAAGGGGAGACUGAUGUUAACAACUGUAGUUCCUCCCUCAAACCCGCUGACUCCUUCAUUCCUGAGGAUGAAGUCGCCCCCUCCACUGAAGACGACUUCCCCACGAUUCCCGACAUAACAGCCCUCGCAGAAGAGAAGAUAACUGAAGUUGACCUCAUAGCCUCCCAGGACGACCCCAAGGCUGUGGUUACCCCAAGUGACACUGAUGAGGAGAAGCUCAUCACUGUGUUUGAACUGACCACCUCUGCUGAGAAAGACAAAGGUGACCUGGAAGAGACUCUAAGCGAUGAGGAGGCCACCGACGAAGUCAGCGCUUGGAUGCAGGAACACACAAUAAAGGAAGCAGAGAGCAAUUCUGUUUUGCUUACCGCCGCUGAGUCCAGGUAUGACUUUAGUGUCCCUUUGUCGGCAGCUGUGAAGGUCACAGAAGAGUCAACUGCUGACACCACAGAAGAUUUGCCUGAAAACAAUACAACAGAAUCUGUGCCCGAGGACACCGAGCUGCUUUCCGACCCUCCAAACUACGAAGAAGACACCUCCACAGCCGAGACGGGCAUCUUUAAACUAUUGAAAGAAGACCCAGACGAGCUCAUGAUGUGAAAGCAGGAAAAGGGGCCACACGCAGAGCUGCACAGUAACCUGGAAGCCAGUUCACACCUGCAAGAAGGCUUUUCAGCCAGCAAAACCUUUCAAGAAUGUAGCCAUUAAG